GAUUUACCUGCUGCAGCCGUGAUCGCGCGUAUCGCUUUGCUCCGUUCUCGCGAACGGGGCUUGCGAAAACACGACGUGGGAGUGCGAAGAGGAGCGAGUUGAAUUGGCAUACACCGUCGUUCGACGUCCACGGUGCUAAGGUUUUAUCGUUGUCGUAAAACAAUAUUUUUGCCAUUUCGCAACGUACGAUCGAUUCAGUCACUUCUUGCCCGCCAUCUUGCGAGAACAAAGUUUGUGACAGGCGAUCCUUGUGAACAAGCGCGAGGGCGGGGGUAGUGCGAGAGAGACGAUUCCUUUUAUGCGGUACGCGCGUUUAUCCGGUUGUGCAUCGUUCGAUUACCAUCGGCUAUCAUCUGAGCGAGGAGACGGCGAAGUAUCUUCGCCGAAGAGAGGAAAAAAAUAAGUGGCUGUGGUUAUCGGUGGCACACCGCAAAUACCGCAACAUUUGCUGAAUCUAUACACACAAUACAUUCGCAAACCCUUAACACCCGCGCGCACGUACAAUACGAACUGUCGUCAUUGUGUAGUCGUCGCUUCCUCUGAGCGCAAUGGCUCUGGAAACGCCGAGGGAGCGAGAAAUCGCCGCCGAGGACAGCAUCAAGGUGGUCUGCAGGUUUCGGCCUCUCAACGACUCCGAGGAGAAGGCUGGAUCCAAGUUCAUCGUUAAGUUCCCCUCUGGCGGCGAGGAGAACUGUAUUUCGAUCGGAGGCAAAGUAUAUCUCUUUGAUAAAGUAUUUAAACCAAACGCUACGCAAGACAAAGUCUAUAAUGAAGCGGCAAAGUCUAUUGUUACGGAUGUUUUGGCGGGAUACAAUGGGACUAUCUUUGCCUAUGGUCAAACAUCAUCAGGCAAAACACAUACAAUGGAGGGUGUCAUUGGAGAUCCUAACAAACAGGGUAUCAUACCCAGAAUCGUCAAUGAUAUCUUUAAUCACAUCUAUGGCAUGGAAGAGAAUUUGGAGUUUCAUAUCAAAGUAUCCUACUUUGAAAUCUACAUGGACAAAAUUAGGGAUCUUCUUGAUGUGUCUAAAGUUAAUUUAAGCGUGCAUGAAGAUAAAAACCGAGUACCGUUUGUGAAGGGUGCAACUGAGAGGUUUGUUUCUAGUCCUGAGGAAGUAUUUGAAGUGAUAGAGGAAGGCAAGUCAAAUCGGCACAUUGCCGUGACUAAUAUGAACGAGCAUAGCUCACGUUCUCACUCUGUUUUCCUUAUCAAUGUCAAGCAGGAGAAUUUAGAGAAUCAGAAAAAACUUUCGGGCAAGUUGUAUCUUGUUGAUUUAGCUGGUUCGGAAAAGGUUUCCAAAACCGGUGCGGAAGGAACAGUGCUUGAUGAAGCAAAGAACAUCAACAAGUCUCUGUCUGCGCUUGGUAACGUAAUCUCGGCCUUGGCUGAUGGCAACAAGACUCACAUUCCCUAUCGCGACUCCAAAUUGACGAGAAUUCUGCAAGAAUCUCUGGGUGGUAACGCCAGGACUACAAUUAUUAUCUGUUGCUCUCCUGCCAGCUUCAACGAAUCCGAAACAAAGUCGACUUUAGAUUUCGGUAAACGCGCCAAGACUAUCAAGAACGUUGUAUGCGUGAACGAGGAGUUAACGGCGGAGGAAUGGAAGCGUCGCUACGAGCGCGAAAAAGAAAAAGUGGCGAGAUGGAAGGGUAAAGUCGACAAACUGGAAGCUGAACUGUCGCGUUGGCGUCAAGGUGAGACUGUCAGACCGGAAGAACAAGUAAGCUUGAUCGAGGGACCUGAUGUUACCACACCUAUCACCGCCUCUAUCGAAGUCAAGCUGGAUGAAAGUCCAAUGCCCGCCACUCCCGGCGGUGGCCUAAUGAUUGGUUCUCUCUCAAAUGAAGAGCGGCAGAAGCUCGAAGAGGAACGCGAGAGGCUGUAUCAACAGUUGGACGAUAAAGACGAGGAAAUUAAUCAGCAGUCGCAGUAUGUCGAAAAACUGAAGGAGCAGAUGGAGGAACAAGAGGAACUUAUUGCGAGCGCAAGGCGGGAUUAUGAGCAGCUGCAGCAGGAGAUGAACCGAAUUCAGCAAGAAAACGAGAGUGCUAAAGAAGAAGUGAAAGAAGUGUUGCAAGCGUUGGAGGAACUUGCAGUCAAUUACGAUCAAAAGUCGCAAGAGGUCGAAUUGAAGAAUAAGGAACAAGAAUCAAUGACGGAGGAACUUCUGGCCAAACAAGUAGCAUUAAACAACACAGCGUCAGAGUUGCAACAGUUGCGCGACAUGUCGGCCCAUCAAAGAAAACGCAUUGCGGAAAUGCUGGCAAACUUUUUGAAAGACUUGGGAGAAAUUGGCGUAGCUAUGGGUGGCGAAUCUAAUGAAAAUCUAAAGGUUGCUCCACCGGAAAGCAACGGCAAAUUAGAAGAAGAAUUUACGGUGGCACGACUAUUUAUCAGUAAGAUGAAGUCCGAGGUGAAGAACCUUGUGCAGCGAUGUCAGGGAUUAGAAAGCUUUCAAGUAGAUUGUAACAAAAAAGUUUCCGAGUACGAGAAGGAUCUAGCUGAGUGUAGGUUAUUGAUCUCGCAACACGAAGCUCGCAUGCAAACGUUGACAGAAUCGAUGAAGGAAGCUGAAACGCGUAAGCGAUCGUUGGAAGAAGACGUUGAUGCGCUGCGAGAGGAAUGUGCAAAAUUGAAAGCUGCCGAACAGGUGCAAGCCGUCACAAACAAAGAAAAAGCCGAGGAGAAGGAAGCGGCGACGAAAAUGCGAGUGGCUUUGGAAGAGCAAAUGGAUCAGUUGAGAGACGCGCAUCAAAAACAGGUUGCUGCGCUCAGAGACGAACUCUCUGAAAAGCAGGAGCUGAUCAGCGAGCUUAAGGAUUUGAAUCAGAAAUUCACUUUGGCGCAUCAGCAGAUGCAGGCGGAUUACGAGCGGUUGAAGCAAGAAGAGGCUAAUAAAUCGGUCAAGCUACAGGAGCUCAUGCUACUGAACGAACGCCGAGAACAAGCAAGAAAAGAUCUCAAAGGAUUGGAGGAUACGGUAGCCAAAGAAUUGCAAACUCUGCACAAUUUGCGCAAGUUGUUUGUUCAGGAUCUGCAGGCUAGAAUAAAGAAAACCAUCAACGCGGAGGACAAUGAAGACGAUGGCGGAUCGCUCGCUCAAAAACAAAAGAUCUCUUUCCUAGAGAAUAACUUGGACCAAUUGACCAAGGUGCACAAACAACUCGUUAGAGAUAAUGCCGAUCUCCGUUGCGAGCUGCCCAAGCUGGAGAAGCGAUUGCGCGCAACAAUGGAGCGUGUGAAAGCCUUAGAAACCGCUCUACGUGAUGCCAAGGAGGGCGCGAUGCGAGAUCGCAAACGCUAUCAAUACGAAGUCGAUCGAAUCAAAGAAGCGGUUAGACAAAAAAAUCUGGCGCGUCGUGGGCCGAGCGCACAAAUCGCGAAACCGAUCCGAGCUGGUCAGCCUCAUUUGAACGUGAACGCCAUCAGAACUGGCAACCGUGAAAACGAAUGCAAGAAUGCUUUCAUCGAUGAAAACAAAAGAAUUCCAACGGCUCUUAUGUAUAAUGGAUAUGCAUAAAUGUUAUCAUAGUUAACUAUUAUAAAAAAGUAAGGGCAAUAGUACUAUAUUAAUCUGCAAAAGAAAGCACCGCUAGUUUCUUUUUUUUUUUUUUUUUUUUUUUUUUUUUUUUUUUUUUUUUUUCUCUUUUUCUUACUUUUCGGAGCAGGCAUGUGCUUAGAUAUAUAUAUGUAUAAGACUUAAGUAUAUGAUUAAGACACAACAUGUCAGUGUGUGUGAGAGUGAGUGAGUGAGUGAGUGAGUGAGCGAGCGCGCGCGCGUGUGUGUGUGUGUGUUGGCAUAUACACAUACAAGAUAUUCUAUUUCUACUGCACCAGACGUUAAUAGUAGAUUUUUGAGAUUAUGGCACCAAACACAAUAUAAUUCGGAUAAAUAAAAGAAAAAAUAUUCCUUUAAAAAAAACAGUUACUUUAAUAAAAUAAACCAGCGUUUUUCAAUCGGUGCGUUGCGAUAAGAAAUAUUAUGAGGCACCAACAAGUACGAGAAUGUUUUGUCGGUAUUUUUUUAUAAUUAAAAACUAUUUUUGUUUCAAAUAUGCAUUUCAUGUGUUAUAUUUUUACUCCAUAUAUUUUAUAUAUUCAUAUUUAUACCUAUUUUUUUAGUCUCUUUAUAUAUAAUAUGUAUUAUGAGUAAGAAAUGUAUCAAUUGUAUUGUUAUAUUGUUACUUAAAACGUAUAAAACAUUAAAAAAGUUUUUAUCGGCGGAUUAUUUUAUUUUUUAUUGUUUCACUAAGAAAAAGAAAGCGUGUGAGAGAGAAAGAAGCUCUUGUGUGCCUUGACAAGCGUAACUCUUGUUUGUUAGUGUUCCGCGAGUUGAGAAAGAUUGAAAACCGCUGAAAUAAACCAAUUAUAUAAUUAAAAUGAUAAAUUAAUGACUACAUUAAUUUCAAAUAUUUAAAGUCGUUAUAAAAAAUUCUUUUUAAGAGAACAUAAUUAUACAACUUGUAAUAUUGUCAAUAAAAAGUAUAACAACUAAAUAAAUACUCGUAGAAAACAACUGAUAAAUACAUACACAUUAAAACCACUUUAGAGCAUAAAGAAAAGUGCAACUGAUAACGCAGUAUGUACAUGUCAACACAUACAGAGAAGAGAACUUAGCCAAUUUAACAGACUCAAAGAAAUGAGGACAUAAAAUAGCUGAAUAGAUACACAAUUGAGAAAAAUAGUUAAAGGCAAAUAUGCUUUCUUUUUAACGUUUUAUUUUUAUAUAAUUAACGUUAUGUUUUUAAACUAGUUUUUUCCUUAAUGUGCAUUAUUUUUUAAAUUAGUUUCGUAAUCACUUAGUUUUAUAUCUGAUAUUCUUUUAAGUAUUUAUGUAUCUAUUUAUUUAUUUAUUUAUUUAUUGUGUAUACUUUUGCACGCUUUGAUCGUUUUGUUAUUAAUCCCGAAUUAUUAUUUUUUGUAAUAAAGAUUCACACAAAAUAAUUCAGAGAUUGCGGUACGCAAUAAGAAGAAAAAUGUGUGUGUGUGUGUGUGUGUGUGUGUUUGUCGUCUCAGCAAUCGCCGUCGCGAGAUACGUGUCUUCCGUGUAACCGUCUUAAAAAUUGUCUUGUAGAAAUCUAUCAUUAACGUCUGGUAUGGAAUAUCCUGUACAUAUAAAAGAUGAGCGCUGCAUGCUUUCUAUCGAUGUGUACAUAGAUAUUUUUUAUAAAUUAUUUAAUUUAAAACUAAAUAUGUAUGUUGAUGAUUCGAUAAUAAAGCGAAUAUAUGAUCGCGCGGAGUCUCCUUGCCACUUUCUCGGAAUCAUUUAAUUGAAUAUAAUAUUUCUAUUUCGCACACGCACACUAAAGCAAGACAGUAAAAUAAAAGUUUUGCCUCAAAAUCUUGUAAAAGGCAAACAAUACUUAACGAUUAAGGAAGAUGAUUGAAUCGCGAGUUGCGAUUUAUUUACGAGUGUAUAAUUAUUAGUAAUAAUUAAGUAUGAAAGAUAAUCGCAAUGGUUUACGCAAUGUUCAUAAUCAUAAAAACUCUCUCACUCUCUUUCUCUUUCUCUCCCCUCUCUUUCUUCUCUUUCACCGGAUAAUUAUAAUUGAUAAUUCACAAGCUGACUAUAGUUUGUGUCGCAGCUUACGUCAAUUUCGCCUGAGAGCACGUUUGACUGAAAGUUAAACGCAAAAUUGCUUCUUCAGAGCGUUCUCCGGAAUAUCUCUUUUCUCUUUCUAUAUGUGUAAGAGACACAAUCGCUUACUGACGGAUAACACGUGGCUCGUGAUGACUGCUAGAAAUAGAAUACUCUUUCGCGAUACUGUACCGCGUAACUAUGAAAGUCAUUAUUUUGAAUGGUUUUGUCAUACACGUACAUGAUCCGUAUCAUUUAUGCAAAUUUACUUUUUCAUUAAAAAAAAUUUAUUUCUAAAUAGAGAGAUUUUACACAAAAAGUUUUCAAAGAGAUGCG